CAGUGAAGACUUUAAGAUCACUUCUCAAAGAAAACAGAGUCGAAAACAGAGCAGCCAAAAUGACAGUCUCUCUAUUAUCUUUCCUCGGCCUCUGUCUCCUCAUCCUCUUGUCCUUGAUCACGGUAAAGAGGGUUAAAGGCUCGAAAUGGAAGCUUCCUCCGAGCCCUCGGAAGCUUCCCAUCAUCGGAAACUUGCAUCAGCUCGGGGGAUUGCCUCACAGGUCUCUUCACAGUCUCUCAGACAAGUACGGUCCCGUCAUGCUUCUUCGUUUCGGUUUCACUCCGGUUGUCGUGAUCUCGUCGAGCGAAGCGGCCGAAGAAGUUCUCAAGACGCAUGAUCUCAAGUCCUGCAGCCGACCAAAGGGCGUCGCCGUGAGAAAACUCUCCCGUGGUUUCCGGGACAUCGCCUUCUCUCCGUACAGCGAACUCUGGCGGGAACUACGCAAGAUUUCGGUUCUUGAUAUAUUCAGCCUGAGAAAGGUGAGGUCCUUUAGGCGUAUCAGAGAGGAAGAGAGUCACCUGAUGGUCAAGAAACUGUCUGAAUCGGCAUCGAAGCAAGCUCCUGUCGACUUGAACAAAACCCUUUUCUGGCUCACCUCGAGCAUCAUGUUUAGGGUUACCUUUGGACAGAAUUUCUACGAGAGCAAGUACAUGGAUAAGGACAGAGUCGAAGAACUCAUGUUCGAGGCCCAGGCAGUGUUCACUUUCGCUUUCUCGGAUUUCUUCCCGUCGGUUCUCGGGCGGUUCCUCGAUUGGGCGUCCGGACAACGUAAGAGACUGAACAGCCUCUUCGUCGAACUCGACACUUUUUAUCAGAACGUGAUCGACGAUCACUUGAAGCCCGGAAGAAGAACAACUCAAGAUUACCAAGAUAUCAUCGACACCAUGCUGGAUAUGAUCGAUAAACAAGGCGAAGAUGAUUAUUUCAAGCUCACCAUAGAUCACAUCAAAGGAGUCAUCCAAAAUGUAUUCCUGGCAGGAGUUGACACGAGCGCAAUCAUAAUGAUUUGGGCCAUGGCAGAGCUGAUGAAGAACCCUGGAACGAUGAAGAAAGCUCAAGACGAGAUCAGAAGCUGCAUCGGAAAGAAGGAGACGAUCGAUGAAGGCGACCUCGAUAAGGUCCCUUGCUUGAAGCUCGUAAUAAAAGAAACCCUAAGAUUACACCCAGCGGCUCCUCUUUUAGUCCCGAGAGAAGCGAUGGAUCAUUUCAAGAUCCAAGGUUACGACAUUCCUCCAGGGACAUGGCUUCAGAUCAAUGCAUGGGCCAUCGGACGUGACCCCAGACACUGGGAGAGCCCGGAUAAGUUCAUCCCGGAGAGGUUUAUCGAUAACCCUGUGGAUUACAAGGGACAGCAUUUCGACCUGUUACCGUUUGGAUCAGGUCGAAGGAUCUGUCCAGGCGUGCCAAUGGCGAUCGCUACGAUCGAAUUGGGGUUGCUGAACUUGCUUUACUUCUUCGACUGGAAACUGCCUGAUGGGAUGACGGAGAAAGACAUCGACAUGGAAGAAGCAGGGACUGUAACCGUUGUCAAGAAAGUGCCUCUUGAGCUUGUGCCAGUUCGACUUGGUUGACAGACAAAACACGAGUUUGUGUUGCAUUGCAUGUCAUGCAUGUAAGCCUCUCUCGCUAUAUAUGAAAGAAAAUGUACGAAUAAACAAAUAAUAAUCUCGAGUGAAAGUAGUAAUAUAUUGGUUUAUAUA